CAAAUGGCUCUGUGCCUGGUUUAUCUUCUCUCGCUCUCUGUCUCCGAUAUAAAUUGUGCCGAUGGAUAGAUACAUUGACACCGCCAGACAUACACAAAAAAGGGAGCUACUCAGAAAAUGGCCAACUUUUUCCAGGAAAUCCAAGUCCCAAAUCAGAAAAUUUCCACCGAUUCCCCACCGUUCCCAGCUGUCCUCGGGCCAAAUUCGCCGCCAUCUCUCGCCGAAUUCAUCUCUGCCAUAGAAUCCCAGAAGCCGCUUCUGGAAUCGCUGCUCCAUAAAACAGGGGCAAUCCUAUUUAGGGGAUUCCCUGUCUCCAGCGCCGCCGAAUUCAACCAAGUCGUGGAAUCCUUCGGAUACCCCGAUCAGCCUUACCUCGGCGGAGCGGCCUCCCGGACUAACAUCGUCGGCCGCGUCUACACCGCCAAUGAGGCCCCGCCCGAUCGCAAGAUCCCCUUCCACCACGAGAUGGCUUAUGCGUCGGAGUAUCCAAAGAAGUUGUUCUUCUUCUGCGAGGUGGCGCCGCGGAGCGGCGGCGAGACCCCCGUGGUGUUGAGCCACGUGGUGUACGAGAGGAUGAGAGAGAAGCACCCGGAUUUCGUAGAGCGGCUGGAGAAGGAAGGGAUGGUUUCCAGGAGAGUGAUGGGGGAGGAAGACGACCCUUCAUCCGCAAUCGGUCGCGGCUGGAAGUCAACGUUUUCCACCAACGACAAACUUGUCGCGGAGCAAAGAGCAGCAAAGCUGGGAAUGAAGCUAGAGUGGAUAGGAGAUGGGUCAACGGUGAGAAGAGUAAUCUGUGCGAAACAACCAAUCAAACACGACAAGUCGAGGGAUCGAAAGAUCUGGUUCAACGAGAUGGUGCCGGGUUAUACAGCUUUUAGCGACGGGGUCACGUUCGGGAACGGGGACGCUGUGCCAGGUGAUGCCGUGUAUGAUUGUUUGCACAUCAUGGAGGAGGAAAGCGUUGCUAUUCCUUGGCAGAAGGGGGACAUUCUGUUUCUAGACAAUUUGGCUGUUCUUCACGGGCGCAAGCAUUUCACCCCGCCUCGUCGUAUUCUCGCUGCACUUUGCAAGUAGUAGGAAAGAAGUGUGAAUGUUUGUAAUUUGAUUUGUGUGUAAUGUAUUCUCGACGCACAUUUUCAACAGGGGGUGCUUUCUAUACUUGUUUCCAGUGUUGUAUGAAGUCAAAGAAAGAAUCAGAUGCAUCUGGUUGGACUAGGCAGCGCAUAUUUAAAAGUGGUUAAAGGGAACUAUCGUGUGUUGUUAUGUGUUUGUUUUAUCGAACUUCUUUGUGAUUGGAUCAGUGUAAGACGUAAUGAUGGAGAUGUCAAUUGUUUGUUAUACAAGAAGUGACCCGGCGCGGAGUUACCGAUGGGAACCAAAACUAGCGGCAGAAACCUAACUCACUACCUGCAAUAGAAAACAAAACAAA